CCUAUAAAUACGUAGAGUACAUUCAGUUUGCAGUAACUGAGUCAUCGUCGCUUCACCUCUGAGCCAAUUCAAAAUGCCCGAGGUUAUUGCAGAAACGACAUCCCUAUUCCGCUCCCAGAUUGAAGACGGGAGUUUCAGCGAUGUAAGUCUCCAAAUCCUUGAAUCGGUUCUCGUCGCCAAAGACGUGCGAGCCCUGCUUGAAAUUAGGUCGAGCCUCCAAGAGUUUCUACGAUUGCAUGCCAAGUCCGUAAUGGAUAGAAUCGCUGCAAAGACCGUUGAUGAGAAGCUCAACGUAGCCGAGUUCUUCGUCAAAGCGUUCGCGCUUGUAGGAGACGUGGAAAGUUGCUUGGCUCUUAAGUAUGAGGCGUUAGUUCUGAGGGAGACCAAGUAUUACAAUAAUAAUGGUUUUCGAGUUUCAUAUCAGGAAUGGUAUAACUUUGCAAAGAAUUCAUUGUAUAAUGGAUAUUACGCAAUAGCUGUUAAGGGAUUUGACAAUGCACUUUCAUGCUUUCAGUCUGAACUUAAUGCAGAUGGAAAUACUGGUGAUUACUUUCUGAAAGAUAACAUUGUUGAUAAAAUUAGAAAACUCAAAGAUGAAGCUUCUGCAAUGAUUUCAUCAAGUUCCGUCGCUAUUCAAGCUUAGACAAACAAAAGAUAAUGCAUCCUCUCUGUAGCAGGACCAAAAUUUAUCAUCUGUUAACAUACAAACUCAUAUGACGAUAAAAUGAGUUAGUCAGUGAUUUUGUUUUGUUUAAAGUAGAACUUUGCUGUUUUUCAAAUUUGAUUUGGAUCAACGGAUGAAAUUUAAUUUAUUUAAAGGAAAAAAAUUAAAUAAUUUUGCAUAGUAUUCAUGGCAUCUUUUAUUGCAUGUAGGGCUUGUGUCACCACUUGUGUAUAAUAGAAGCUCAAUUGGCUUUAUAUUGAGGCACUUGUCCUCUUCCGUUCUCCUUAUAACUUCUAAUGUUGUAUUCCUAAUCUCUAUUCAAGUAGGGUCUAUCAUUUCAAAUUUUCAUAGGGAGGUCGGUUGGGUUGUGGUGUCAAUUAGUUAGGAUAGUUCACCCCUUGGAUUGGCCAUACUUAGUCAACUUCUUAGAGUCUUUUGGGAUUAGUAACUAAAGUUUUUUUUUUUUUUUUUUUUCUAAAAUGAAUAUUUUGUACUUUCACGUGGCUAGCCAAUGAUAUAGAUGAGUCAACCAAUUACAUUGUCAGCUAGGGGGGUCUGCUUUAUGACUAGAUGACAUUUGUACUAUUUUCAAACAUCUCAUGCUUGGUCAGGUUUAGUUUAUUCGAUCAUAUUAGGAGGAUUUUUGAGUUGUCACACCUAAGUUGCUUGCCUAACCAAAUGAAAUGGUAUGAGAUAUUAUUGAGUUGGGCCUAUUUGAUUGAGAGGUGUUAUCAGUUAGUGCCUUGUUUGUCAUAGAUCUACUAGGAAGUGUUCAACGACUUAAUAGUUUAUUCUGGUAGGUCUACUACUAGUGUUUGUUUAGUAGGGUUAUAGGCCCUUUGUGUCUGAUUAGUGUUACUCGAACUCCUAUGUUAAUUAUAUGACCAACGAUAUUUGUAGGGAAGUAUUCUACAAGAUAAGCUUGCCUUUUUGUAGUGUUAGUUGCGUCAUGCUCCAUGAAUGAGAAUUUUCAUUGUGACCUCCUUGAUUAUUACUCCAUGUAUGGCUUUGAUCAUCCCUUAAGGAGGGUAUUUUUUCCUGCCUUCUCAUUUCCCCUUCAAUUAAAUUGUAGGGGAAAUGAGAAGGGUUUAUUAUAUUUAUCUUAAUAUAAUAAAGGGUUUACACUCUGAAAACUUUAGAAUUCGGCAAAGAGCUAGUUUCUAAAUUCUUUGUCAGACGCAAUGCUUGAAGGCAUAACUUUGAGAAUUGUUAGAAUUCAUAAAAUUUUAGAGGGAAAAAAUAUGCUUCUUAUUAUUAUACAAAAUUAUCCCUAUUUAUAGAUAUAUACAAGAUGUCGUAAUAAAGAAACAAAUAACUUCUAUUUGAUACAUAAU